AUGGACCUGGCACGGUACGCCGCUUGCCACCGGCAGUGGAUCGCCGGACAGGAGGCGGGCCUCGCCGAGCUCGUGGCGGCGGCGGCCAGCGCCGCCGCCGGGCGCACCACGGACGAGGAGCUGAGCGCGGUGGUGGAGAGGUGCAUGCGCGGGUACGAGGAGUACGCCACCAGCCGGCGCGCGAUGGCGCGGGAGGACGGCGCGGCCUUCUUCGCCCCGCCGUGGUGCACGGCGUUCGAGAACGCCGUGCUCUGGCUCGGGGGCUGCCGGCCGUCGCUGACCGUCCGGCUCCUCUACUCCCUCUCCGGCGAAGGCAUGGAGGCGCACAUCGAGGAGCUCGUCGGCGGCCGUGGCCGCGGCCGCGGCGAGGGAACGGGCAUGGGGCUCCUCGGGAUCACGCCCGCGCAGCUGGACCAGAUCAACGACCUCCACAACCGGACGCUGCGGGAGGAAGGUUUGCUGACGGAUCGGCUGGCGACUCUGCAGGAGGACAUCGCCGACCGGCCGCUGCUCCCGAUCAUCCGGGAGCGCGAGCGCGCCGCAGCGGCAGCAGCGGCGGCAUUAGCAGCCCGCCACGGGGGCGCUAACAGCAACGGCCUGCCGGGGCGGCUCGAGGCAGGGGGGUCGUUCGGAGGAGUGGACGCCGAGGUGGACGCGGCGAUGGAGAGCUACAGAGCCGGGCUGGCCAAGCUCCUGGAGGAAGCGGAUGAGCUGCGCCUGUCGACUGCCAGGGCGCUUGCCACGCAGAUCCUGACGCCGCGGCAGGCGGUGGAGAUGCUGGUGGCGGGCAAGCAGCUGCACCUGUCGGUGCGCGACUGGAGCCGCCGGCAGGAGCGCGAGCAGAACGCGCGCCUGCCGCGCGCAUCGACGAGCACCUCCUCCGGCGCAAACCCGUGA